GACCAGGGGCGGACUGACCAUUUCGAAACUCUGGCACUGCCCGAGGGCCCGGGGUCAGUAGGGGGCCCCAUGAGAUGCCCCUGGUACCUUUUUCAUAGGCUUUUUUCAGUUUGGGAAAGGACACAGGGGCCCCAUGAUCCCCUAUUGCCCGGGGGCCCCAUGAGUUGUCAGUCCGCCCCUGUGUUCCGCCCCUGGGAGGAACUCAUGUUCUUCUCAGGCAUCAGUGGGUGUUAUCAGGUGAGCAGCUGUCUGAUUGAACGCUGC